AUGCCACCUGCCACAACCACCAUAUUUGAAAAAUUUGACUUUUACUCUCUCGUCUCUCCACAAGGACAAAUCAAAACAAUAUGUUCCGUGAUCGAAGAUCAUGAUUUUAUAUUUGUUGGAUUGGGAGAUGGUCGUGUUGUCAUUUACAAAAUGAAACUCGAUCAAUUUUCAGCCAUCGAAGCAGAAAAGUGUGUUUCAUUGAAUAUUGACAAGGCUCCAAUCGAAGACAUUCAAGUCGAUCAAAAAAACAAACUUGUUUUUGUGUUAAAUGAAGAACAUAAUUUAUAUGUUUUUGGUUAUGAUCCAAAACGUCCAACACAACAAGAUUUUCUUGAAAGAAAGGCAGAGUUGAGAGAUAAACAAAUUGCUUGUAUUGCAGUGGAUAAGAGAAAUGAGAAUCAACGCUUGAUUGUGACCUAUCGAUCUGGUAAACUGAGAGGAAAGGCAACGAUAUUUUCUUAUAAGGAAUUGAUUGAAGAUGGAGCACAAGAAAUGUCAGAAAUCAAAACAGUAGACAUUGAAGAUUCUAAUCAAUUUACAAACAUUCAUGAAGUUUUGUUUGUUGACUCGUAUUUUGUGUGUCUGUUUUGUAAAGGAGCAAAAUCAAGAGAAGUCAUGUAUUACAAGAGAUUUAAUCUCAAUGUUUCACCUCUCAGAAAAUUCAUAUCCUGUCUCCCUGUGACUACAAAAGAAAGUGACGCCGAUGAAAUUAGAGGAACCAAAGGUGUCUAUAUUAAGAAUAGUAUGAUCCAUCUUGAAGGAAAGGCAACUCUUUUCCGAAGUGGUUUAAAAUUAUGGAGACCUUGUUAUUUGGAUGGUGAAAAGUAUUAUGUGAGAAAUGCAUCAUCGAACAUUGCUGCAGGAAUUCAUGAGACCAUGAGUAGUCAUUCACUUUCUUCGACAAGUGUCAUGAAUUCAUCAAAUUCAUCAAAUUCAACAUCAAUAACGAGUGGUGGUAUUGGUGGUAGUACUAUUGGUGGUAGUAAUAGUAAUAGUAGUACUGGUAAUGGUGGCUCCAACAACAAUUCUUCUUCAGAUAUGGAAGAAGAAUUUAACAUGGAUAGUACCAACACUUCCAUUCCCAUGAAAGAAGAAUUUAAAUAUGCCUAUGUGAACACAGGUGGUGCAGAACCAUUGAGUGUCUGUAUGUGUUUCCCCUAUGUGGCAUGUCUCAUGAAUGACAGUUUGGAUAUUUACAACUUGUAUUGGAGAGAAAGUUCUUCUGCUACAAAAACGACCAUGCAAGCGAAAAAAGUUUACUCUCUUCCAAACAACAGAGACAGUACGACGAUCUUUGCCGAUGAACAUCGUUUCUAUGUAGUGACUGAAAAUUCAAAUGCCAUUCGUUACUUGUCUCCACCCAAUACUGAAGUUCAAUUGAGAACUUUGAGAGAAGAAUUACUCUCUCCACAAGCUCAUCACUUGUUCAAAAUGAAACAAGAUAAGAAUAGUGAAGAAUUUAGAAAAGAAUUGAUGGAAUUUCAAUUUGCGAAUGGUAAAGCAAAUUUAGAGAGAGGUCGCCCGAGAGAAGCAUUUCGAUUCUUCCUUGAAUCCAUGAAACAAUCCAAAUAUUUACCAAUUGAUGAUCGAAAAGAUAUUCGUGACAUUUUGAGAUAUUUCAUGUAUUAUAGUGGUUCUUCUCAUUCACAAUUUAGUUUAAUUCCACCCAAUUUCUUUCCUUCAUCCAUCUCUUCAGAACCGAUUCGAGAGAAAUUAACACAAAAUUUCAAACAAAAGAAAAUUAGAAUUGGUGUCGAUGAGAGCAUUGUGUUGAAAGAAAUGGAAAUGAAUUUUGGUGAACAUUUCAUUAAUUUACUCAUUCACAAGACGUACAUGUACUUGAUGGAAUUUUUAGAAAUUGUUCACUCCAAUCCCAAGUACAAACCUGAUUUCCUCGAUCAACAGGCUGCAGUAGAAUAUACCUUACUGGCUCUUUAUGCCUUACCUCAUCCUGAUAUGGUUUCUAAAGAAUUUGAAGAUUCUGAUCGAAAAUCUCUCGCCUACUAUCAUCAAUCGUGUUACAUGAGUAUUGAAAAAGUUGUAAAGAGAAAACACGAACCUGGAUUUGAAAAGUAUAUUGAACAAUUAUUCAAAGUAUUGACCGAUACGAAAUGUUGGAGACAUGCUGCACUUUUGGCUCACAAUUUAGGUCAAUCCACUCAACAAGUGAUGAAUAUUUUCAAAACCAACAUUUCUCGUGAUAUUUAUUAUGAUCAAUUUGAUGGUGUGGAUGAUGUUGUUGAAAUUUUGAGUCAAAUGGAUGGCAAUACUCUCUUACAGAAUCCUUCUAUUAGAGAAUUCAUUUCAUGGGUCAUUUCAUUGAAUCCAAGUAAGAGUGUGAAAAUUUUCACAGCACCCAGAGCCAAUCCUCCCAUUCCUGAUUUGGUAUUAGAAUUUUUAAAUCCAUUUCCUCUCAACAUGACUGUGCAAUACCUUCAUCAUAUCAUUUAUGAAACGAAAGGACAAGGUAUCUCCGAUCGAGAUUUGAAUCGAUAUCAUACCGAUUACGCACUCUCACUCAUUGAUUAUGUCACUCUCAUUUAUCCGAAUAAUUUAGACAAAAAACUCGCGCCACCAGCAGGAGCAGAACAAGGACAUGUUGGAAAAUAUCGAUCCUAUCUAUUGAAACACAUCAAGGAAAGUAGUCGAUACAAUAAGGAAGCAGUCGAUAAGAAACUUCAAACCACCAAUUUGAAUGAAGAAAAGAUUUCACUCUUCCAUGUGAUGGGUAAACAUGAUGAAGCAUUGACCGUUCUGGUCAAGACCGAUCUCAAAAGAGCUGAAGAAUAUUGUGAUACUGUUUUUGAAGAAGAACAACGAUCUUCAGUAUUGCUCUCAAAAAGUGGAAAUCAAUCCAGUACUUACAAUCCCUAUUUAAUUCGAUUAAUUGAAAUUACAACCAAUCCAACAUUAUUUGAUGAAUAUGAUGAAGAGAGUGCCCUUCGUCGAAUGAUGAGUGUUUUGAGUUUACUUCAACGAAGAGCUUCAGAUAUUAAUAUUAUUGAAGUCCUUUCAGUAUUGCCAGAACAUGGAGAAUUGAAACAAUUAUCCACAUUUUUAACACAAGCCAUUCAAUUCACACAUCACAACAAUCGAACCACACUCAUCAAGAAUGAAUUGGCAAGAAAUGCAUCCAUGCAAGUGAAAGCAAGACAUGUGAAGGCCACCACUCGAUCCGUCACUGUGACUUCAACCACUUCAUGUCCAGUGUGUGAACAACCGAUUGGAAAUGCAGUAUUUGCUGUCUUUCCUGAUCAAUCCGUCGUACAUUAUCGUUGCUUGUUGAGUGGAGAUCAAGAUGAAAAGAAGGAAAAGAAUAAGAAUGUUCAUCCAAAGAAUGGUAUUGAUUUUAAAAAGUUUCCAGUGGAUUUUUAA